AUGACAGCCAAUACUGCACCAGUUCUCGACGGUAUGACCGACCAUUCCGCUGCUGCGGACAAUGAAAUUCGUGCUAUCACACCUGAUUCCGGCGAAUAUGAGAAGGACUAUAACCCUGAAACCGAAACUGAUAUGCUUCCACUCAGCAGCUCCAUGUCACUCACCUCGAGUAUCACCGACUAUCCCAUGGAAAGUGGUCGGAGGUACCAUCGAUACCAUGAAGGAACAUACCUCUAUCCCAACGAUGAAAUAGAACUAGACCGAUUGGAUAUGCAAUAUGAAAUAAUACGGAUGAUAAAUGAAGGACGAAUUUUCUUUGCGCCUUUGAAUAAUCCGGAACGACUGCUUGAUAUUGGUACCGGAUCAGGCAUUUGGCCAAUCGAAAUGGCUGAGAUAUUCCCCGAUGCCCAGAUUAUCGGAACCGAUUUGUCUCCUGUCCAGCCGGGGCAAGUACCACCAAAUGUUCAAUUUUAUGUUGACGAUGCCUCAGAAGAAGACUGGUUAUGGCCGAAAGAUCAUUUUGAUUAUAUCCGUUCGUCAAUGCUUCUCGGAGCCCUCGACUCCUAUCAGUCUCUCAUCAAAACCGCUUUCAAUUACCUGAAACCGGGGGGCUACAUGGAAUGUCACGAAUGGGAUGUCACCCUUUUCUGUGACGACGACACAUUACCUCCACCGCAGGAUGACUUCCGAUGCCCACACGACUUCCAGAAUUGGAUCCAAUACCUGCGUCUAUCCACAAAAAAUCUGGACAGACCAGUGUUUAUUGUUGACAAAAUUGCCAAUUGGAUGAGAGAGGCAGGAUUCGAAGACGUUAGGGAAACCAUUACGAAGGUUCCGUUGAACACUUGGCCAAAAGAUCCGCAUUUGAAGCGUCUUGGUGCCUGGAGUGAGAGAAAUUGGCUUGAUGGCGUUGCGGCAUUUUCAUAUGCGCCUUUCGGACCAAGGGGACUCGGAUGGACCCAAGAGGAAAUAGAAGUCUUCUUGGUUGGUGUGAGGCAAAGCAUCUCGGAUCGAAAAGUUCAUGCCUAUCAACGGUUCCAUGUUGUGACUGGUAGAAAGCCAUCCUCGUGA